AAGGGUCCGUCCGGCCACGGGCGAUCGCGGAGCGGCGGGUCCCCUCUCGCGGCGGCGGCAUGAAGAGGCAGCCGGCCGGGCGGGCUCCGGAGCCGAGGGCCGGGCGGGCCCUGACCAAGGCGGCCGAGUACGUGGGCUCCUUCGCCGUGGAAGACGCCGAUCUGCCCCGGGCGGGCCAAGCCGUGCAUCAGCGGCUGCAGCUCCUGAAGGACUGUCCGCGCCGCCGCUCCGUCCUCCUGCGCUUCUGCCUGCAGGGCUUGAAGAUGCUCGGCCGCGACGGCGAGGCGCCGCUCAUGGCCCACGCGCUCAAGCGCCUCGCCUACAGCACCUGCAGGCCCGCCGACCGGCAGUUCGCCUUCCUGGCGCGCAACCCGCGCGGCCCCCGCGGCAGCCUCUUCUGCCACCUCUUCGUGGGCAGCCAGCCCGGCGAGGUCCAGGUGCUGCACUACCUCCUGUGCCGCUUCUUCCAGCUGGGCUACCUUCUCCUGCACCCGGAGGAACAGGACUGGUCCUCCUCCUCCGGUGCCUCUGUCCAGCUCCUGGGCGCCUCCCUGGACAGCCAGGUGGUCUGGGAGUCCCUCAACCCGGAGGAGGUCUCCCAGAACGUCAAUGCCCUGGUCUCCUUCCGGAGGCUGCCCUGCCCCACGGAAUUUGGGCCCUCGGUCAGCGUGAGAGAGAGGCUAGACCUGGAGGAAACCAGCAGCACCGUGGGCAGUGCCCGUCCUGGAAACCCCUAUUGUUCCCCAAUUCUGGUGCGCAAGAAGGCGAUUCGCAGCAAGAUUCUCCGUUCUGGGGCCUACCGAGGUUGUACGUUUGAGGCGGGCUCUCAGCAGGGUGCUUGGGAAGGAUUUUCUUCCAGCUGCGAUGGCAAAGGGAGCCUGCUUCAUCUGCCAGAAAACGAGAACGAUCUGAAGGAGAGUGUGUGGUCCUUUGCGGGCAUCAACAGAGAUGCUGGCCUGGCCCUGCUGAGGAAUGACAUGCUGGGGGCUUUUCUUCUGUGGGCUGAGUCAGGAUCCACCCAUCAGUGGUGCCUGGCAGUGAGGACCCGCUGUGGCGUGGUUCCAUAUCAAAUUUACCGCAGCCAGCUGGGGAAGUACUCAGUUGAGCAUUUGAAUGUAGAAUUCCCCAGUAUGGAAGCCUUGCUAGACAAUUACUCCGAUGUUCGUGCAGGCCUGUUCUGCUCCUUGGGUGCAGGACGAAUCAACCAUGGUUAUGAGGAGCAAGACGGUCCAGCCGAGGAUCUCUGGGGAGAAGAGCGAACUCGUCGGAAGUCCUCAUGGCUGUUUGGGGCCAGUCGAUCUCUGGCUGUGCAGCACGAGGUGGAAGGAUGCAUAGCCGGGUCCUUCUCUUAGUAUUUCUGCCAUCAGAAGAGGACAGAGUCCCUGGUGACCCUUUCUGCCCCACUCUGUGGCUUGGCUUUGUUGUCAUUCUUUUUGGAUUGUGCGCAAAAGAUGCCCUUCCUCUCGUCGUCUCGUAAUUCAGGGUUUCUUCCUGCGAAGUCGGCCCUGCUGGAAUCGGAGGGCUGAUGCACGGGUUGACUGGGCCCCCACCCCAUCUAGGAAGUUCCAAGGGGUGUCUUGGGCUGGCAGCACAUUUCCCAAUCAUUUUGGGGGUCAGCGUGGUUGGGGAGGGGGCCAUGCUGAGCCUCCCUGCGUGUUUGCACUCCUGGCCAAUUCUCUCCAGCCUGUGCGUGGGGGGGGGACGAAUGCCUUUGAUCAGGAGCCUGAAUUUCUGGCCAUCCCUGCAGUGUGGCUGUUGUGGUGUGUCUCCCUGCUGGAGCAUAGUGCUCUUUAUUUAUGGGAAGCUGAAUGUGCCUGUAUGUGAGUAACUUAUUGGAAGAGUGUAUGUUGCUUUCUCUGGGCUGCUGUGUACAGUGCUGAAGAUGCAUUGCUUAUAUUGAACAGACGCAAAGCCGUUUGUAUAGAGAUGGCCUGCAAAUAUACAGAUAAAUAUAUAUAUAUAUUUAUAUUUCAAA